CGUGACGCGUGGAUGUGGGAGACCGUGAUGGACAGCCGGGUGAUUCACUGUGUCAAGCAUCCUGUGGAGCCAUCGGACUCCAUGGUAUCCAGCGCAACAGGUUACGAGCUGGUUUGUAGCUAUAAUUGGAAAGCUAGCCAGGAUCUGAAGAUUCAUAUACCC